ACCAUGCUGAUCGUCGUUGUCAUCCUCAGCCUGGCAGCUCUCACCUACUACGUCGUACAGAAGUCACAACCCCCCGUACCGGAUAUUCCCACUGUCUCGGUCUGGAAAACACUGUGCGACAACUAUCGUCGAGUUCCCCGAGCCAAGUUCUACGACACCCGGAUUCGCCCCUUGAUCGAGCAGCGCGGGGCAGUCAACGUGUGGAACUCGGGACAAUGGACGAUCAUGGUCACCGAGCCGUCGCUGGUGACGCAGGUGUUUCGCCACGAUGAGAUCUUCGUGAAGGGGGGCAGCAUCAGGCGUAUCCCACACUCGGCGGCCGCGCGGCUCUUUGGUGUCAAUAUCAUCGACUCGCACGGCCCACUGUGGAAGCAUUUCACGGACAUUAUCAAGCCGAGUAUUCAGCGAAAGUUUGAUCUCGGGCGCAUCCGCCAGCAAUCCGCGCAGCUGGCGCAGCAGCUACUACGAGCCCAGCACCAGGUGGAUGGUCCAGCGCUUGGAACCAGCUCGGGCAUCCGGGUCGAGAAUCUGGUACUCCGAUGGACCCUAAUUAUCUUCUUGGACUGCUUUCUGGACCUGGACUCCGAUCGAUUUCCCCUUCAAAUCGACGCCCUGCAGCGCAACUUCGAAAGAAAGAAGAAAGGCAUCACGACGCCGCUGUUCUCGGCGAUUUAUAAUAUCUUCCCCAACUUGGAACGGAUGCACUGGCUCUUUCCAAAUGGCAGCAAAGGAAUGCGCAUUGCGGACGAAUUUGAAAGGAUUCUCCUGGACCUGGCGCACGAGAGCCAAGCCUUCGCCAGUGAGGAGAUUAAGGCUCGACGCGACGAUAACAAGCUGAUACACCGGUUGAUACAUGCCCGUCAUGAAGGCCACAUCUCGGAGUACCAUUUUCGGUCGAAUCUGAAACAGGUGUUUAUGGCUGGAGUGGAAAACACCGACCUGGUGCUUGGAUCGGCGCUAUGGGAGCUGGCGCGCAACCCACAGCUGCAAGAACGAGCACGGCACGAGGUGGUGACCAGUCUGCCCCUGGACUACUCCGAGACCGAUCUGGACCAUUGUCUGCCCUUGCUCACCAGUAUAAUAUACGAGACCCUUCGCCUGUACCCGCCGCUCGUGUCCAUGGUCAACCGAUACACUAGCCAACCGGUUUGUCUGGGCUCCGAUCACCCCAUACCCGCGGGGACUUGGGUGGCCUGGCACGCCUACGGCACACACACCGACCCCGGCGUAUGGGGCCCAGACGCCCGUGACUUCAAUCCUGACCGCUGGGGCGCGGAUAUCAAUGCCAUCAAUGAGAUGUUUCGCUAUCAACAGGUCAAGGGCCGUUAUAUUCCAUUUACUAGUCAUGCUCGCCGGUGUCUGGGCAGUCGGUUUGCGAUUACCAAUUUGAAGGUCGCGCUGUGUGAGAUUCUGAGAGCGCUAGAAUGGGAGAAGGCACCGGGCUAUGAGGCUUCACUCAUCACGGUGCGUGUGUUUUUCUUCCGAUUCCCGUUGGAGUCGUUUCGAUAUACUAAUCAUCGCAUACAGGGUGCUGUCAUGGGGGUCACUAAUUGCAAGUUAUUGUUCCGAGAGAGACGUCUAGUGGAACGAGAAGACUUGCAGGGAGGGGAUACUGUAAGGAAAUUAUAUUGUCAAACUUGUUGA